GUGGCUGCGGCUCCCUAGGCUCAGAGCUGCGCACUGGGAGCGGAGCUGAGGUGCAGCGCCACCCCGAGCGCCGAGCGCCAUGUACGACGCAGAGCGCUGCUCGAGUCUGUCGUUCGCCGGCUGCGGCUUCCUGGGCUUCUACCACAUCGGGGCCACGCUGUGUCUGAGCGAGCGCGCCCCGCACCUCCUCGGCGAGGCGCGCACGUUCUUCGGCUGCUCGGCCGGUGCACUGCACGCGGUCGCCUUCGUAUGCAGACUCCCUCUCGAUCAGAUCAUGGAGAUCCUCAUGGACCUUGUGCGGAAAGCCAGGAGACGCAACAUUGGCUCCCUCCAUCCAUUCUUCAACAUUAACAAGUGCGUCCGAGAUGGGCUCCAGGAGACCCUCCCAGACAAUGUCCACCAGAUCAUUUCUGGCAAGGUUUACAUCUCCCUCACCAGGGUGUCGGAUGGAGAGAAUGUGCUGGUGUCUGAUUUCCAUUCCAAAGAUGAAGUGGUGGAUGCCCUGGUGUGCUCCUGCUUCAUUCCUUUCUUCUCAGGCCUAAUCCCUCCUUCCUUCCGGGGUGAGCGGUAUGUGGAUGGAGGCGUGAGUGACAAUGUCCCCCUGCUGGAUGCCAAAACCACCAUCACAGUGUCCCCUUUCUAUGGCGAGCAUGACAUCUGCCCCAAAGUCAAGUCCACCAACUUCUUCCAGGUGAAUGUCACCAACCUCAGUCUCCGCCUCUGUACUAGGAACCUCCACCUUCUAAGCAGAGCGCUCUUCCCACCGGAUGAGAAGGUGAUGGGAGAGCUGUGCUUUCAAGGGUACCUGGACGCCUUCCGGUUCCUGGCAGAGAACGGCAUCUGUAAUGGGCCACAGCCCGGCCUGAGUCUGUCCUCAGAGGAGAUGGAGUCAGAAGCCACACCGCUCUGCCCGGAAAACAUGGGGGACAAGCUACCAGCCAGCCUGUACCUUACAGCUGUGCCCUGGGAUGAGAGCAUCCAGGAGACCUUGUCCCCCCAGCUCAGCACAGCUCUGAGUGAAGCGAUUAAGGACAGAGACGGCUACCUGAGCAAAGCCUGCAACCUCCUGCCCAUCAGAAUUCUAUCUUACAUCAUGCUGCCCUGUACUCUGCCUGUGGAGUUGGCCAUUGCUACAGUCCACAGGUUAGUGACGUGGCUCCCUGACAUCCCUGAUGAUAUCCAGUGGCUGCAGUGGGCGACAUCCCAGGUGUGUGCCCGAGUGACCAUGUGCCUGCUCCCCUCAGCCAGAUCCCAAGCACCUAAGAGUGACCAUGGAAUACCCAAGCAUGGACACCACUCAUCGCUACACAAACCCCAGUGCAGCUCUGCCGGCUUGUAAAUUGCUGGUCUCUCUGCUUCCUAUGAACUUGUACAUUCCCCCCUGGGGAUGGUCCAGGAGGGGCCAAAGCUGAGGCCACCUUGCCUUCCACCCCGAAGCCCAGCUUGACCUGCAGCUGGAGCAACGGUGUCUGGAUGGUGGGAGGGUGGGUGGGGGUGUUAUGCUCUCUAUUAUACAGUAGAAAGGGUUCUGUGACUUGUGGAGGUGCCUAGGAAAUUACUCUCGAGGAGCUGAGCCCCUGGGCGCUGUGUGGUGACCUCAUGCCUCUGACCCCAGGAUGACAGGAUCUGGGCUAAAUUGGUAGUUCACAGAAAUCAAAGGCAAUGAUUUGGUUUUCAGAAAGCCACUUUUGGUCUGGGUGAAGUCUGGUGCUUGAGAGCUCACCCAGAGAGGAGGCUCCACUGUCUCUCAGCCUGUGAAUGAUCUGGGAUGCCAAGCAAGGGCAGCAGUGUUUGGAAACAGGAAUCCAAACUGGGCGAUCUCAUAAGGAAAAUUGUUGGAGAAGUAUAAAGGGAUGGGAUGUGGCUGUCCCUGAGAAGUAAUAUAAGCUAACUUAAUACAUUCAGGGACACCAUUGGCUCUUACUAAAAUAGUUUAUAAAGAAUUUUAUAUAGGGCU